AAAAACAUACCAAAAAAUGUAUUUUAUUCAAUUUUAUUUGCUUUAAAUGCCAUCCAAUAAUAUGGUGGGGGACUUGGACUUGUAUGACUUCAUUCUUUUUAAAGCACUCAGUUUUACUUUCAAUUGUUACACUGCAGACUGAUAUGCUCACUGGGCCAUUUUAAUGGUUUACAUUAGUCAUGUGACCCAUGUUUCACCUGAUAUUGUAACUGGAGGCUGCACCAGGUGGGGCUUUAGGACUCAUGUUGCUAUGGUAACUGUUCAUCUGGCCACAGUAGUGUAGACUUGGUGACUCGCACUGUCAUGACUAAGGGCGAGCAUGGCCCAACACUUCAACGCACCAGUAACUCCGCGGGCACACCUCAAGUGGUAAUGUACGAAGGAUGCCGUACGAUGCCUUUGCACCUGAACGCAUCGACCACUGAAGCCUUCAUGGUCGAGGGACUCUCAAACUGCAACCAGCGUGGGCCCGACUGCAUCGGUGGUUCCACAUACGGCGGCUUUGGGAUGGGAGCCGCUUCAGGACGACUCCCGUUCAGGCAACAAAUGCGGACAUUUCCAACGAUUCAACCGAGUUAUGGCGUGUUGGAGAAAAAUGUCUUCCGUCCACUAAGACACAACCAUGUGCACCAACAGGGAGAACAGCAGCCUUUUGGCCUCGCCAAGAUGCUGCCCCACGGCCAUUCAUGGAGGCCCUUCACCCUGAGCCACUCUGAGAGAUAUAAACCCAAUCUCACCGCGGCUGCCUCGUUCCCGACCACGUUGGUCCUCAGAGGCUUGAGCACAUUGCCGGCGCAGGACUGCAAGAACAGCAGGCCCAAAGUCAACUAUCCAACCUUCAACCUCCUGACCCUUGAAGACAAUCUGAAGAGUCACUCCUACCCAGACCCAAUGGUGGGAGCCUCCCGCCCGUUCCUCCACAGGAUAUCUGAACUGUCGUGUUUAGCUGGCGAGACAGCAAGACAGGAAAAAGUCAAGAAAACGAGGCAGCCCAGAAAGUCCUCGUCAUCCUGACAAUCACAGUCAAAAUGCUCCGGGAGGGAAAGUGACUCGACUGAAGCCCGUCAAACCUUGUGGGCGCCUUGUUCCUUUCGGUGGCUCCUUGUCACGGCUGUUUUGUCUUCGCUGGUGCUGGUUUGUUGUAUAACGUGGCUACUUGUCACGUUCUCUCAUUUAUGACCCCCCCUUCACCUGGAUUUCCCAUAAAGUCUGGACUAGGGAAAGGGUUGAUGAGUUCCAUUUUAAAACGUGCAUGUCUGUUUUCUUUGUCACCUCAAGAACUUGGUCGUUCAAUGAUGAUCAAAUGAUGUACAGUGUGCAUUACAAACUCCAUAGCUCAAUAUAGUGCACAUGAAUGGUGUGCUGUUUAUGGUCAUUUGGGUCAUAAGACUUCCGGAAGUUCAUAAUUAAAAUGUAUGUGCUUUGUUAUUUACACUGGCUACUCUGUUAUGUUAUUCCCUUGGGUUGAUUUUGUGCUAGAAGAAAAGAGACGUUAUAUGGUGUCUUGUUGGUGACUCAACAGCGCCCUCCUGUGGUUUGGAGUGGAAGCAGUUUAGGGGGAGAGUGUUGUGAACGCACGCAUGCUGUAUGAGGAAAUAC